AUCGCUCAAAGAAAAGUUCCACAGUUUGUUGUUCCAGACCUGACAGGCUUUGAGUUAAAACCGUACGUUUCGAUGAAGGCACCGAAAACUUCAUCACCGGAGUUAACAGCUGAAGAUCUUUUAAAAAAUAUCAAGGAGAACAUCCAUCUAAUUAAAUACAGAGAAAUUCCAUGAAUAACCUCUACGAGCGGUCCUUCCUCUUCCCACAGUUCGUUGCGCGAGUAAAGAAAAAGGUACAAAAGCAGCGAAAAGAGAAACUGAUGUUAACGGGCCGCGGGAAACUCUAUAAGCCUCACCCUUAGGGCUUCGCGCGGCGCGACGGACUUCGCCGGAAAGGAAGACUGCUCGUUGCCCACUGUGAAUACAAAUAGACUUACUUACCACCUUUUCUCACGUUCUUACUGCGAGUUCAAGAACUGAAGUCAGGCAAAGAACUGGGAAGCCGGCAACAAUUCAAGCCAGACGCAAUGGAAGUUCGUGAACUUUGGACAAGGACCCUUUUGCGAGAAAAUGGGGAUUCUCACAGCUUGUAAAAAUUAAGACGGAAAAAGUUUUGGAAAUUUGCCAGUCAUGUUACUCACGUUAUCUUUUUCUAGUUUUUUUGGGCUGGGAAAUGUUUCGGAAAUAUAAGAUAGAUUCUUAAUAAAGAAAGAGAAAAUCCCAGUAAAUUAA